UAUGGUGAAGGUGGAGAGUGAAGAACUGAGUGAAGAUGAGGAGAAACAUCAUAUCAAAAGUGAAGAAGAAACUUGCAUAAAAACCGAAGAUGGUGUUUCAAUGGAAACUACAGCCAUGAAAGGUUUGACCUGCACUCAGUGUGGAAAGAGUUUCAGGGACAGAUACAAUCUCAAGACUCACAUGAUGAUCCACACUGGAGAGAAACCUUACAAGUGUUCAUUCUGCGACAAGAGAUUCUAUAGUCAAGGACAUCUGAAAACACACGAGAGGACGCACACUGGAGAGAAACCUUACAAGUGUUCACACUGCAAAAAGAGAUUCGCAGAUUCAGGACACAUGAAAACGCACGAGAGGACUCACACUGGAGAGAAACCGUACCGCUGCACUCAAUGUGGGAAUAGUUUCAAACUAUUUUCUUAUCUACAAAGACACACAAAAAAAUAUCACGACCUGACUGUGAUGAAGGAAGGUGAAGAGAUGAGUGAAGCCAUGAAGGUCCACCUUAGUACCGUUCGCAAAGAGAAGAAACAUUCAUGCUCUUGGUGUGGAGAUAGUUUUGCACGUCAGUCGUGUUUAAAAAUACACGAGAUGAUCCACACUGGAGAGAAACCUUUCAAGUGUUCAGACUGCCACAAGAGAUUCACUCGAAUAGAAUUUCUGAAAAAACACAAGGUGAUUCACACGGGAGAGAAACCGUUCAAGUGUUCACACUGCGACAAGAGAUUUGUUCGGUUAGAUUGUCUGACUAGACACGAGAGGGUUCACACUGGAGAGAAACCUCACACAUGUACUGAGUGUGGAAAGAGUUUCAGAAUAGAAGCAGACCUUCUGCUACACAUGAGGAUCCACACUGGAGAGAAAGCACACAGAUGUGAUCAGUGCGGCAAAACUUUUGUAGUGGCUUCACUGCUGAAGGACCAUCUCGGAAUUCAUACAAAGGAGAAGCUUUAUUCAUGCUCUGAGUGUGGAAAGAGUUUUAUACGACAGUCUUAUUUAAGAAAACAUCAGGAGGUGCACAAUAGUGUGAGAAAGCAUGUGUGCCUCGAGUGUAAGAAGACUUUUACUAGAGCUCACUCGUUUAAACAGCACACGAUGAUCCACACUGGAGAGAAACCGUACAAGUGUUCACACUGCGACAAGAGAUUCAAUCAGAUACCAAUAAUGAAAGUACACGAGAGGAUUCACACUGGAGAGAAACCGUACACAUGUACUCAGUGCGGGAAGAGUUUCAGACAACCAUCAAACUUUUCUAAACACAUGAGGAUCCACACUUCACAUGUACAUACUCAAGAGUCUAACCAAGGAUCUGUGAAUCCUUAUAGCAAACAUAUGUGCGUGUUGCUUCAAGAAAACAACUAUUCAUAACAAUUUUAAUUUGUUUCUAUUCCUUUAUUAUUUUAAUUAUUUGAUUUAAUCAUAUGACUAUUAGCCAUUUAUUUAAUUAUCAUUUUAUUGAUUAUUAGUAGGUCCACACUGAAUCUGUCUGUGCAGAAUUCUGCAUAUUUUUAGCCCAUCAUUGAUUCUGU